CAUGCCUGGUUUAAUGAGAUUUGGACCUCCGCGGCCGCCGUACUUGUAGUCCCUGAAAUAGUGUAACUGGAUUGCGGCGUAUCUGUGCUAACUACUCGGUGAAGCAAUGGCUGAAUAUUCUCACGUAAAAUCAACCAAACUGGUUUUAAAAGGUCUUAACAAAGGGAAAAAGAGGAAGCAUAAAGACAAGAAAAGAAAAGCAGCAGAUGAAGAAGAAAAACCUGAUGUUGUUGGUGGUUGGUGGGCUGUCAGCAACUUUGGAGAAAUCACUGGAACGGUUGCCAUAGAGAUGCAGAACAACUCAUACAUUCAUGCCCUGGAUAGUGGGCUCUUCACAGUUGGCGCACCACACAAAGAUGAUGAAGGACCUGACCCUCCAGAACAGUUUACUGCCAUCAAGCUGGCAGACACAAGGAUAGCCUUGAAGUCUGGAUAUGGCAAGUACCUCGGUAUCAACUCUGAGGGCUUGGUGGUGGGGCGCUCUGAUGCCAUUGGCGCCAGGGAACAGUGGGAGGCAGUUUUCCAAGAUGGCAAAAUGGCACUCCUGGCAGCAAAUAGCUGUUUCAUCUCCUACAGUGACAGUGGGGACAUCGUGGCCAAGAGCAAGACAGCAGGGGAUGACGAGAUGGUGAAGAUCAGGUCGAAUACGGAGCGAGAGGCCAAGCGAAAAGACGACAUUGCAGAAGAGGACAGGGGCAACGUGAAGUCCUGUGAGGUCAAUUAUGUGAAGAAGUUUCAGAGUUUUCAAGAUCGGCGGCUCAGGGUUAAUGAGGAAGACAGCACUAUGCUGAAGAGAGCCAGAACAGAUGGGAAGUUCCACGAAACUUUGCUUGACAGGAGAAGCAAAAUGAAAGCAGACAGGUACUGCAAGUGAAGACUAAACUUUAUCGAUUACUGCCAUGUCUUUGUAAAUGUCCUGAUUUUAUAGAUUUGGUGAUUUGAUCUGACAUUUAAAGUUCUGUUUUUGUUGUUUUUGAUUUUUUUUUUUUUUAAAUAAAAUGACAUGGUUAACUCUGUUUUGUUGGUCUGUGUAUUUUUGCAGCCGGUUGGAUUCAUCUUUGCCUUUU